UGGGGGUGUGCUAGCAUGUCCCUUAGGUCGAGUCACAGUAAAGUGGGAGUGUCCCAAACCUGGAUGUCGCUUUCUUGAAUUUGGAGGGUGAUCAAAAUUUGAAGACCGAUCACAUUCCUGGUCCGUUAUCCUACUGGCGGAGAAGCAAAAGUGAUUUAUUAAAAGAUGUGGAGACAAGUUUGUAAUGUGGAGGCUGAGUGAGGAAAACGCCGGUGGCUAUUCAGAAUAGCACCAGAAAGGUACCACACAUCAAUAGCCCGCGACAGAUGGUUGUCCGGGGCGUUUAGUAAAUCAUCACUUAACCGACGUUUAUUACUUUAAAUUGCAAAUUAAUUAUGUUGGGACAAUUGCUUCCGAGACUCUGUGUAUUAUAUGGAUUUUCCAUCAUUAUUCAAGGCUUAAAGGCUCGCUCUUGGGAAACCCCGCCGCGCAUCGUGCACCACCCGUCCGACGUGGUGGUGAAGGUUCACAGUCCCGCCACGCUGUCCUGCCGGGCGGAGGGCUUCCCGGAGCCCACCAUCGAGUGGUACCGCAACGGGCUGCCGGUGGAGACGGACAAGCAGGAUGGCCAAUCGCAGCCCGUGGUUCUGCCGGAGGGCAGCCUCUUCUUCCUCAGCCUGGUCCCCGGGAGGCGGGGUCAGUCCCAGGAGGGCGUCUACACUUGCGUGGCCCGGAACAGCGCGGGCAAAGCCGUCAGUCGCAACGCCUCGUUGCACAUCGCCGCUCUGCGCGAUGAGUUUCUCAGCCAGCCCAGCAAUGUGGAUGUGGCAGUGGGAGACAUGGCCGUCCUUAACUGCACCCCGCCUAUUGGUCACCCAGAGCCCAACGUCACUUGGAAGAAGGAUGGGAUCCUACUUAGCGACAUGGAUGAACGUUUCACAGUAUACAAUGGGAAGUUAGUAAUUGCGCCGGCUUACAAGAAUGACACUGGAGUGUAUGUCUGUGUGGCAUCAAAUAGUGUGGGGGUGAGAGAGAGCAGAGGGGCCAGACUGUCGGUUUUAGCAAAGCCAGUAUUCUUGCGGAAGCCCGAGGACAUAACAGUGAAUAUCGGGGACGUGGCACAGUUCUUCUGCCAGGUCCAAGGAGACCCGCUGCCAUCAGUGAAGUGGAACCGGGACCAAAGCUCGCUGCCCAGUGGGAGGUACAUAGUGAACCAAGACCAAAGUCUUCAAGUCCACUACGUGACAGCCCAGGAUGCAGGGCGGUACACCUGCACGGCCGUCAACGAUGUGGGCGAGUCGUCCGCCACUGCCUUCCUGGCUGUGCAACAGGCGGUGAGCCCUGGGGAGAGGGACCUGCACAGAGAGCUGUCAGCUCUACGUGUGGACCUUGAGGAUGUGAGCGUGCUGCCCCCUGCCUCCAGCCUACUGCAACUGCACUGGAGGCUACAGCCUUCCUGGCCACAGCUGCAUCAUCUGGAAGGCUUUGAGGUCCUCUUCCGCUCUCUCCUCCCUGCCAGCUCCGAGUGGCUGGCGAAGAGGGUGCCCCUACCUCACCUGCAAGCCGUGGUUGGCCCCCUGAAACGGGGAUAUAAGUAUGAGUUCAAAGUGCGGCCCUACAGCAGCGACCUGUAUGGCCGCGAGAGCAACACCAAGCACCUUCGGGUUCCAGAGCUAGUGCCUAGCUCACCCCCUGGUGGAGUCGCUGUGACGAUGGCCUUGGACAGAAACAAUACCAUCCGAAUUAGCUGGGAUCCGCCUCCACAGGAAUCCCACAAUGGGAUCAUUCAGGGCUACCAGGUGUGGUGUGUGCAGCCAGAGGGUCAGAAAUCCCUCAACUGGACGGUGAACAGCGCCACCCACAGCCUCGAGAUUACCACCUUUGAGCCGGGGAAGCAGUACUGGGUCAGAGUGGCUGCCGUGAAUGGGGCUGGAGUAGGAGUGCAGAGUGAUCCAAAGCAGCUCACCAUAGAGCCCCAGCGCUCCCUGAUCCCUCACCGGAAUGACUCUGACGUCCUGACGCGGGCCUUGGCACUAGUUCGGGACCCAGUGUUCAUCGGUGGUAUUGGCGCCCUCUUGUGGUGCAUCCUGAUGGUUACGGUGGUCUGCUUGUACCGUCGGCAUACAAGGCCCACCCACCUGAGAGCCAGACACCGCAAAUCUGCAGGACUUUACCGGCUGGCCACUGAGGACCUCAUCAUAAAGCACAGAAUGGCCGCCCCAGACUCACCAUGGAUGCCAGGUAUCUGGAAAUCCCCUCAGAAUACUGAACAGUACCACAGCCUGUGGGUCCAGAGUAAGGACAGCCCAAGCUUCCAGAAAGCCACUCUGCCAGUGACUGAGAAGAAAGACCCGAUCCCUCUGGAUACCGCUGUCCCCGUUGUGUCUGACAGCUGCGGGGUGUAUGGAACCUUCUACGUGGACCUCACCUCCAACGGCCUCAAGACGUUCAACAGCCCAGCUCAGCGUCCCAAAGUGGCCCACCAAGGUCCACAGGCUCCUGAAACAGCUGGGCUUUCUCAGCCUGUGCUUAAAAUUCCCAUCACCCAGGAGAGCCAGCCGUUGCCAUGGAAACAUGCCCUACCCAUCCAACCCAGAAUGGGAGUGCUGAAGGAGUCCCGGGAGAAGGGUCACAAGCGAGAGCUCCACGCCGUCAACAGCGCCCCCCUGGUGCCCAUUCGGCAGCAGUCGAUGGCUCUGCAGACCUCUCCCAAAGCCCAUUUGCAGAGGUUUAGCCAUCACACGCCAGGUGGCCUAUUAGAAGGCUCUUCCAGACUCCUGCAUUACUCUGCAUCGGUGCAUCUGAUCGACAUGUUGCCACCAGCGACCCAGAGCCCACUGGAUGAGACCCGCAGCCUGAGCUCAGAGGAGGGGUCCAGCCGCUCCACCAAGCUGACGGAGGACAGUGCCUCGGUGCUCUCCAUGUGCCCUGCGCCUCCUGCCUCUACCGCUGCCUCCGACUGCCUCUCGUUCUCCAACCGGCCUUAUAGCCGUCUGUCCACAGCCUCCUUCUGCAUGUCUGUGGACGACCACCAGGACAUGGCCCUCGCUGCCCAGGAGGUGUCGCAGUACCUGGAGCUGAGCCCCAAGAUAGAGAGGCGGAGGAUCCUGUCAGAGAGCCCCGUGUCCCUGCCCCGCCCUUUUACACCGACACCCACCUUUGGCUACAUCUGCGGGCCCCUGAUGUCUGACCUGGACACCGAGGACACUCACGAGGACACGGGCAGGUCGCACCAUCCCGUCGCGAGGCGAGUGGCACUGAGGAGCACGCCCUCUUCUUGCUGCAGCGAAUGGGAAGACUCGCUCUGGAAUGGGUGGGGCUCUGUCACCGAUAGCAACGUGCCCAGCGCGCGCACCAGCAUCAUCAGCUCCUCCGAUGGCUCUUUCAUGACUGACACCAACUUCGCAAGAGUCCUGGCUGCAGCUGCGGAAUCCAUGGGUGGCACCAGUUUGUCAGAGUUCUCGCCUUCUGCCUCUCCCCUGAGCUCCUUCUUCCCUACGAGGGAGUGUUUCGGGGAUCUUGAUCCCCUUCCAGUGUGGAACUGGAGCACAGCCUGGAUGGAGGAGAUGGAGGCGCACCUUCGUGCCUCCAGGACGGCGCCAGCGAGUCCAGCUCCAAUCUUCAUGCCAGAUACUUUGGGUCAUCGUCAGGAUGACAGGAUGGGGGCAGUGUUUCUGGAUGGACAGAGCAUCAACAAAAUGCACUCCCGAAGAUGAUCGCCUUCAGCUACCAUCCACUGAAGAUCUGCCUGCCUCAAGCCAGCACUGGUCAAUGUACUACAUUAGUAGUACUACAUUUCCCAAAAUACCUCAGGGCAGUCUUUCUUCAGCUGAAUCAUCCCCCUAUGACCCGGGUUCAGUUUUUAUAGUGAGGAGUUGAACAGGAGACCAUAUUUUAUUAAACUUUUUGAGAAACAUAAGAAGAGAACAUGAUGGAUUGUUCUGGAAGCUCUUUCAGAGUGUACAUCACUGUUUCUUUUUUCUGUGAUUUUGUCCAUUUCUGCUCUUCUUAAACAAGAUGAAUCUGAUCGAAGCAGAAGCUGUGUAUUUCCUCUCAGUUGCAAUAUGCUGUACAAAUCUUUUUUCAGCAAUAUUAUUAUGUUUUCCAUUAUUCUUUUCUUCAGAUGAUUUAUUUUUCCAGAAAAUACUGAGAGGAAUGGAGAUCUACUGUUCAAAGAUUGUAUUGUACGUUUAUGUUCACUCCUGUUUGAUGUUUGUGUUAUAGGACAUCAUUGUUUCUGUUUGGAAUCUUAAGCUGUAGCUGUAUUUGAUGGGCAUUGCCGUUUACUUUUCUGUUCAUGUGUUUACAGAAAACGAAUAUAUAACUAAAAAAAACUUUUUAAAUAUUAUAAUCCUAUAGUGAGCCAGAUACACAUGUAUAAAUGGAGAAAUUAGUAAGGGAUGUGCUGAAUUUGUAAAGGUUUGUAUUUUAUAAAAUAGAUUAUGUCUCAGUAGAACUGGGCUAAUAUUUGUCUCACGGGAGAUUGUGUGAUUAGAUAUUUUUCUAUUAUUAUCACAAUACCUUGUAAAUGGUAGUUUUACACUUUGCAUUUUGUUUCUUACACUGUGAGCUAACCAUGGUUUUCUGCUUGUGGCCUUACUGAUGGAAAUAAAGGAGCCAUGUGACAUCA